AUGGCGACGACCUUGGCUGAUCAGAAGCGUCCUCAAUUACAGCCCGUGUGCCAGAAUUGUGGUACUUCCACCACGCCCUUGUGGCGCCGGGAUGAACUCGGUUCGGUCCUCUGCAACGCCUGUGGCUUAUUCCUGAAGCUCCACGGAAGACCCCGUCCGAUAAGCUUGAAAACCGAUGUGAUCAAAAGUCGCAAUAGGGUCAAGACCGCGGGUCAGGGCCCGAAGCGUAAGUCCAGCAGUGCCGUUGAUGCAAAUGGACUUUCCACGUCCAGAUCAGAGGCCGGUACUCCCCCACUUGGAUCUCAUGGAUAUCGUCGCGCGUCGCGGAAGAUGUCACCGGGCCAUUCGGAUCGUUCCAACUCACCAGUCUCCCGAACAGAAACGCCUGGUCUUCCUCCGAUGCAACAGCAGCAGCUCCCGCCGCAGCAUAACUCCAAUAUUGCGCCGCAGCACAUGUUCGACAGCGUUACCCUGGGAGAUCACGGUCUGACGAAUGGGCUAUCGUCUGGGCAACUUCGCCAGCAGUCUCCCACCUCGACGUCUGCGGCCGUGGACCGCCACAACGAGUCUCCUCAGACAAUUGAGGGGCUCUUGGCAGCGAACACAUCGUUGAAAACCCGCGUGCGAGAAUUGGAGUUUGUCAAUGACCUUUUUAGGGGCCGGGUAACGGAACUCGAACAGAGCGAUGCUGCCGCGCGCCGGUCCGAGAUGAUCGCCCGCGACUCGGAAUCGCGCCUUAAACGAGCCCUCGAGGAAGCGCAACGGCGUGAAGAAGACCUUAAGCGUCGAGUGUCUGAACUGGAACGUCACGUUGGUGAAGCCAGUAAUGGCAACCCGGACGAAGAUGAAAGUUCUGGUGAGCCGAUGGCGAAACGGAUGAGGCUGUCUGAUGUGGUAGAUCAACCCUCCACUUCUCCUACCAAAUCGCCAAAGAGCUUCUAA